ACCGCGCACGCUGCCUCGGCGCGUCCGUCUGCAUUAUUUCCCCCCCCUCCCUCCCUUGAGGUGCCCGGAUUGGCGCGGCGGAUUUGAACGUUGUAAACUGAGGGGAAGGAGCGGCGGAGGCGGUGUCUCCGCGAGACGAGGCCGUUGGCGGGCCGGCCAGUGGACGGGGAAGGAGAAGGCCGCGCGCGGGAGGAGAAGAGGGUAACGGUCGCUUGCGGGGGUGGGGGGGGAGUAGGUCCCAGACCAGUGCAAAGCCCCCCCCCCGCCCCGCUUUUAACCCUUUCGGUCCCCUUCCCCGCCUUUUUCCUUCCCCAAAACGCGUCUUCGAGUGACGGUUGCUUUUAAAUUUCCCAAUUUUCCCCUGGGGGGGGCUGUUCGCGUGGGACGCCUCUUUAUUCUUCCCCUGGGGCGAGGUUCUCCUUCCUCUUCCUCCCCCCCCCCCCGCCGGCGCUGUUCGCAUCCUCUCAACAACAACCCUGUGAGGGAGGCUCAGGCCAAGAGGUUGAAAGACUGUCUCAAGGUAAAUCUAAAAAAUAUAUAAUAAUAAUAAUAAUUUAUUAUUUAUACCCCGCCCAUCUGGCUGGGUUUCCCCAGCCACUCUGGGCGGCCUCCAACUGAAUAUUAAAAACAAUACAGCAUCAGACAUUAAAAACUUCCCUAAAGAGGGCUGCCUUCGGUUGUCUUUUAAAAGUAAAAUAGUUGUUUAUUGCCUUGACAUCUGCUGGGAGGGCGUUCCACAGGGCAGGCGCCACCACCGAGAAGGCCCUCUGCCUGGUUCCCUGUAAUCUUACUUCUCGCAAUGAGGGAACCGCCAGAAGGCCCUCGGCGCUGGAUCUCAGUGUCCGGGCUGAAAGAUGGGGGUGGAGACGCUCCUUCAGGUAUACAGGACCCGAGGCCUGUAUAGUGGUACCUUGGGUUACAUACACUUCAGGUUACAGACUCUGCUUACCCAGAAAGAGUGCUUCAGGUUAAGAACUUUACUUCAGGAUGAGAACAGAAAUUGCGCAGCGGCUGGAGGCCCCAUUAGCUAAAGUGGUGCUUCAGGUUAAGAACAGUUUCAGGUUAAGAACGGACCUCCGGAACGAAUUAAGUACAUAACCAGAGGUACCACUGUGGUAUAAACACCGACAAUUGGGAAACACUUGACUGCGAGUGCUCCAAUUGGAGAACAGCCUUUACCAAAGGUGUCCUGGGCUUUGAAGACACUCGAACUCAGGACGCAAGGGAGAAAUGUGCCAAGAGGAAGGCAUGCAUGGCAAACUCUCACCGUGAUCGACUCCAACCCGGAAACCAAUGUGGAAGGACGUGUGGAUCCAGAAUUUGCCUCCGCAGUCACUUAUGGAUUCAUUGUUAAAACCGUGUUUAUGGAAGACAAUCUUGCUCAGCUAUGAGUGAUCACCAGAGAGAGAGAAGACCCCUCCCCACUUCUCCUCCUCGCCCCCCAGCUUCGCACUAAGCGAGUGGGGGUUGGGCACUUCUGUGGCACAACAACCCUGCGAGGGAGGCUUUGGCGGCUGUCCUGCUCCCCUCCCCCUGUGAUGUCCUCUAAGUGAGCUUCAAGGCUGGGUUGUGUAUGGGGGGGGGCAGUUGGAGUUGAGCACUUCUACUGACUCUCCUUCUUCUUUUAAGCAGUGGUUGGAUGUCCACCUGCUGCGGAUGCUUUAGUUGAGAUUCCUGCAUUGCAGGGGUUGGGCUAGAUGACCCUCGGGGACCCCUUCCAAACCUACCAACGUUCAGCCUGGACACUGAGGUCCAGCCCCGAGGGCCUUCUGGCAGUUCCCUCCCUGCGAGAAGGGAAGUUACAGGGAACCAGGCAGAGGGCCUUCUCGGUUGUGGCACCCGCCCUGUGGAACACCCUCCCAUCAGAUGUCAAAGAAUUAAAGAACUAUCUGACUUUUAGAAGACAUCUGAAGGCAGCCCUGUUUAGGGAAGCUUUUAAUAUUUGAUGAAUUAUUGUAUUUUAAUAUUUUGUUGGAAGCCGCCCAGAGUGGCUGGGGAAACCCAGCCAGAUGGGCAGGGUAUAAAUAAUAAAUUAUUAUUAUUAUUAUUAUUCUACAGUGGUACCUUGGUUUACAAACUUAAUCCGUUCUGGAAGUCCAUUCUCAAACUGAAACCAUUCUUAAACCAAGACACGCUUUCUCUAAUGAGGCCUCCCGCCGCUGGUGCCCUUCCACCAUUCGGAUUCUGUAUUUGGACCGACGUAAAGUUCUCAAACCAAGACUGUAUUUCCGGUUUUGCAGAGUUUGUAAACCAAAUCAUUCUUAAACCGAGGUACUACUGUACUAUCAUUCAAUAAUUCUAUAACAGCCCUGCGAGGGAGCUCAGGCUGGGAGGUGGCAACCAGCUGCCAAGGUCCCCAAAAACUUUUCAUGCAUGAAUGGAGACUUCUUGAACCAGGGUUGUAUUGGUUGUACUACUCAAUAUUUUUGAGUAUUUUGGUGUCCGUCCCCCUCCCCUCCCCGCUUUUUGCAUUUCUAUUUAUUGUCUAUAUGUGUGCGCAUUGUAUUUAAAUGUACGUUUUAGAGAUUUCACCCUUACUGUAAACCAUUUUGAGAAGUUUUAUAUAUAAGUGUAUUUUAAAUGAUUAACCCUAAGUUAAAAUAAUAUAUUACAUUAGGUUCAGAAGCAGUUUGCUGCAAAUCAAAACUGGUGGUAUUUCCCAGUGAGCUAAUGCUUUUAAACUUUCUAAUUUCUUUUAGGAAGAUAACAUAAAAUGUCAAGGGAAGAUGCCCGGGUCAUCCCUGUGCGGGUGGCACUAAGGUGCCGCCCCCUUGUUCCUAAGGAACUUGCUGAGGGCUGUCAGAUGUGUUUGUCUUUUGUCCCUGGAGAACAGCAGGUGAGGAAAGAUUUGGAAAGAGUUUCUGUGUGUGUUUGUGUUUCAUCUGCUCUAAAAUGAUGCAAGGGUCGUUCAUUAAAGAUUUCCCCUCACCCACUUCCGGUUAAUGUAGGAGGAUGAAAUUGCACGUGUACAAUGAUACAUAUCCUGCCAACCUAGCAGUUCGAAAGCACAUCAGUGCAAGUAGAUAAAUAGGUACCGCUCCGGUGGGAAGGUAAACGGCGUUUCCGUGCGCUGCUCUGGUUCGCCAGAAGCGGCUUAGUCAUGCUGGCCACAUGACCCGGAAGCUGUACGCCCGGCUCCCUCAGCCAGUAAGGCGAGAUGAGCGCCACAACCCCAGAGUCGGCCAUGACUGGACCAAAUGGUCAGGGGUCCCUUUACUAAAGAUACAGCUCUCCAUUGGUAACAUUGUACUUUGUAGCUCUGAACUCCUAACAGUUUCUCUGUUACUGGUGCUAACGUGGAGAUCAGGUUCCUUUACUUGAAAGGGCAUGCAACACGAGAGACGUUUGAUGAGAUGAAAGGGACUUAUGGGGAGGAUGCCCCAUUGACGUAGUCAAGCACUGGCAUCGUCAGUUCAAGUGUGGUCGGACCGGUAGAAUGGCUCCCAUUCCUGGGCAACCACAGUCUGCCAUUAAUGAAGACACCAUCCAACAAGUGGAGCCGCCAUUUUGGAGGAUAGCCGCAUAACCGUUCGCCAGCUAGCUGCAGAUGUCAAGAUCAGUGUGGGCUCUGUAGAAAAAAAUAAUCCAUGACCAUUUGCACGUGGGAAAGGAGUCUGCAUGGUGGGUUCCUGGCUGCUGACGCCUUUCCAGAAACAGGAACGAGUCACAUGCUCACUGGCUCUUUUGGUCGUGUAAUGAAAACCAUGAUCACUUCUUCACCAGACUAAUUACUCAGGACGAAACAUGGAUCCAUCAUUAUGACCCAAAAACUAAAUCCCAGUCCAAACAAUGGAAGCACUCUGCCUCAUCACCUCCAAAGAAGGCACGUCUCCAACUGUCAGCAGGCAAGGUCAUGCUCACGGUCUUUUGUGACCAGAGCGGAGUAGUGAUGAUGGAUUUCCUGGCAAAGUGUACCACAAUUACCAGGACAUACGACACUUCACUGCUGCAAAAAUUGCUGAAACCCCUCAAAAUCGAGAGGCGUAGUAUGCUGACCAAAGGUGUCUGCCUCCUGCAGGAUAAAGCCCCGGUUCACAACUCGCAUGUUGCUCAGACAGACGCACGGUCCUGUGGCUAUGAAAUCCUUCCCCGCCCCCCUUAUUCUCCUGACCUCGCACCAUCGGACUUCCACCUCUUUCCAACCAUGAAGUUAUUUUUGAAGGGCAAGCUUUUUCCAGAUGAUGAAAUGCUGAUUUCUGAGGUCAAGUUGUAGCUUCUGACGCAACCUUCCGACUUCUACAGACGAGGUCUCCACAGCUGCAUAAAGCGAUGGGAGAAAUGUUUGACUCUUGCAGGUAGCUAUGUAGAGAAGGACUAAUAACUGCGCAGUUUCGUUUCUCAGUCCAUGGGAAGUAUGUCAGGGGAAAUCUUUAAUGAAUGCCCCUCUUAUAACUAGCCUAGGAGAAACGGGUGGAGACUCACUCCGCUAUAAAUGGGACCAGUUCUCAAAUCCUCAAGAGCUGAUUUUGCUAAGAGGCAAAACCAUAGCCCUCACUACUUCUCUUCCUUCCUCACAGGUGGUUCUAGGUAAUGACAAAGCAUUCACGUAUGAUUAUGUCUUCGACCCAUCCACUGAGCAAGAGGAGGUGUUCAACGCCUGUAUUUCUCCCCUUUUAAUGGGCAUCUUCAAAGGUGAGAGCUGUUGAGGUGGAACGUGUUGGGAACAUCUUCAGUAGGAAGUGGCCUGGUGACCUGGAGGAAAGGUGGUGAUUAAGUUCUUCGGCCACAAAAAGCUUACUCUGUUUUAAAAGGUCCUGCAUGCCAUGCUGGCUGGACAAUAACUUGAUGCUUGGAAGUGGCAUCUUGCUUUACUGGAAUGUAUUGCGUGGAACAUGUGAGACUGCCAGCACUGCAAGCUCAAAUUGGGGGGGGGGGGGGCUUCUGUCCCACAAGCCUAAUUUGCCCACAUCAGCCAAGCCUCACUGACCUGCCCAACUUCAGGCAGCACCCAUAGGGUCUUCUUGGUCAGGAUCCCAUCCAGGCACUGAGCCAAACCUACUUAGUAUCUGCAGUGAGGCUGCUCAAACUGCCUUCAGCCCCUGGGACCCGUGAAGAUCACAAUUUAGUUUUAUUUGUGUGUGUGUGUGUGUGUGUGUGUGUGUGUGUGUGUGUAAGUGUGUAAGUGUAACAGAGUAUGAAAAAUAAAGAGACUUUCUUCCCUACAAGUUGUAAGAAAGAUAAUAAAAUCAUACAUUAGCUGAGCAGCAACUGAAAAAUGAGCUGGUACUGGAGUUUCAGUAACAUGCAGGUCAGGGUGGAUUUUAUUUACAGUGGUGCCCCGCAAGACGAAUGCCUCGCAAGACGGAAAACUCGCUAGACGAAAGAGUUUUCCGUUUUGGAGGUGCCUCGCAAAACGAAUCUGCUAUGGGCUUGCUUCGCAAGACGAAAAUGUCUUGCGAGUUCCUGGGGUGUUUUUUUCCUUUUCCCCCUCUUUUUCUAAGUCGCUAAGCCGCUUAUCUGCUUAUCCGAUAAGCUGAUAAGCUGCUAAAAGCCGCUAAUAGCGCUAAUCCGCUAAUCCGUCAAUGGGCUUGCUUCGCAAGACGAAAAAACCGCUAGACGAAGAGACUCCCAGAACGGAUUCUUUUCGUCUUGCGAGGCACCACUGUAAAUCAAAUUGAUUUAAAUUGCUAGUCAGUAAGACUUGAUUUAAAUCAUCUUUUUACAGAAAGACUCAUUCUUGCUGGUAUCAUCUUAAUAUUUACAACCAGAGGAAGAUUUUGUUUUGGGAAUAAUAAAUUUUCAGAGUGUAUAUAUAUAUAUGUGUAUAUAUAUAUAUAUAUAUAUAUAUAUGUUAUAUAGUUAUAUAAAAAAUUACUGAUUUGGUUAUACUAUUAGAAAUAAUUAAGAAAUUAUUCUGAGGUUUAAUAAGUUAACUUUAUAUUUGGACAACUUUUCUGCUGUACUUUAUUGGAAGGAAAAAAAUCAUUUCCUUAAUAACAAUUUAAACAAUUUAUUUAACUGAAGUAAUAACAUUAUAGCAUAUGUAUCCAUGUUUAACUGAUGUGGUUAAACGUUUUGUUGUUUUUAAACAGACUGAGGUUUAGCAAACAUGAAAACCUUAUUUCCUGAUGAAUAGUUUUUGGACUAUAAUGUAACGCAAAUAGAAAACUCUUUAGAAUUUUUUUUCCUCCAAAAGCAUUUUAUUUUAAAAAAUCAAAUUUAAAUAAAACAAUCUGAUUGAUUGAUUGAUUUAAUUUAAUUUUAAUCAUUAAUUUUUAUCCACCCUGAUGCAGGCUGAUUAGGCUGCCUAGGGAUUGAGAUAUAUUCAACUUGCUCCAGUCUGAUUCUUGUCCUUGCUGUUGUCAACACACGAAAUACUAUUAAGGGGCAGUUGUCGUCCUGGAAAUGACCCUCACUUCUUUUUGUGUUCUUAAUUCCACAGGAUAUAAUGCCACGGUUUUAGCCUAUGGACAGACGGGAUCUGGAAAAACCUACUCCAUGGGAGGUGCCUACACAGCCGACAAAGAGAACGAUCCCACUGUCGGAAUCAUCCCUCGGGCAAUAAAGCUUCUCUUCCAAGAAAUGAAAGAGAGGGUGGGGUGGCAGUUCUUCCUGAAAGUCUCUUAUUUGGAGGUAAAAGCCAUCUAUGCUGUCGAUAUUUUUGUACUUUUAAGAGCAGUUGCAGUGUAGGGCCAAAAAUAUGCUUCUCCCUCACUUUGAAAUCCAAGCCUCAGGGCCAGAAUUACUUAAAAAUUUCGUUGAGGUUGGGAUCAAAUGCCUCUGGGCAGGGAUGGGCAUUUGACCAGUCAAAAAAGAUUUGAUUGGUCAAGCAUUUUCUAAAGCAUUAACUUUAUUGAAAACAACAACAAAAGACAAUCCUUUAAUCAUCAACAGGCUUGAUAUCUGCGAAUUACUAAAGCAAAGUAGUUUAAACUGUUAAAUCCAUUGAUUUCAGUGGGUCUACUCUGGGUCAUGGCUGACUAAGUCAUGCCCAAUGAAGUGAACAGCUUUUUUUUAUUUUUUAAAUAAUUAUGAAAUAUUAUCAAUGUUACAUAAGAUUUGUUACCUAAGUGGUUCCACGAACAGUUUUUCUGUUUGGCUUUUAUCAUCUAAUGCCCGGGUCAGCCUGCACUUCAAAACUGACUUAGAAUUUAUAUUAUUAUUUGUUGUUGUUCUGUUAUAACACAACUGUUUUUAAAGGUAGAAACAGGCUGAUUGUGAUCGUAAGGCCAAAGGCCUGUCCAGUUCAACAUCCCUGACACCUUUGGGAAGUCCAUAAGCUGGAGCAGAGGGCAGUGGCCUUUUUCUGCUGUUUCCCCCCAGUGUCUGGUAUUCUGAGACUCAGUGCCUUUGAUAUGUUGAAGCAGCACGUAGACAGAAUCAUAGAAUGGUUGAGUUGGAAGGGACCCUGGUGGUCAUCUAUUCCAUCUCCCUGCAAUGCAGGAAUAUGCAGCUGUCACAUACUAGUAACCAUUAUCCUCUAUUAUUUAAAGUAGUAUCAGAUGUUUAUGUGGUCAGUUGAUUGGUGUGCCAACCCUACCUUUGGACGGCCUUUUUAAAGAAAGUUUAAUUUUUUCUCUCUGUUUCAGCAUACUGUGUUGCUGAAAAUGUGCUUGUGGCUCCAUAAACUGGCUCGGGUUGCUGUGCUGAACCAUUAAAGUUUCUUCUUGCUGUGGAUUGUAGUGGAGCUUAACACUCCCAUUCCCGGUUCCCUUGCAAAGCUGUGACUUCCAAGGGGUUUAGGGCAGGAAUACAAAAGCUGUGGCAAUUCUAUUCUGUUUGGCUUUUGGGAUGUGUCAAACCUCUCUUCCAAUCUGCUAUCUUUUCUUCCUCAGAUCUAUAAUGAAGACAUCCUAGACCUCUUGGCACCAGCCAAAGAGCGGACAGCUCAAAUCAGCAUCCGUGAAGACCCCAAGGAAGGCAUAAAGGUGGAGUCCCUGCCAGGAUUUGUUAUUUUUAUAGAACAGGGUACAGCAUGUCAUAGAGGCAAGGCUGGUAGUGUCAAAUAGAUCCUGCCUUGUUCUGUGGCAGACACGUGAAAGCUUUUUUGUUGUGGGGGGGAAUCUGAUUGAAAUAACCAUUCAAUUUAACUUUUAGCUUUCCUGUGUAUCAGCUAAGCGGCCUCAUCAACCCUCUGGCUCAUGAGGAGACCCUCUCCAGAGCCUGAAGAGGUCGUCUUCGGGCUCUGUGGAGGGUCUCCUCCUGAGCAAGGAGGACUCUCCAGGGCACUCCCCAUUUUAUGUGAUUUCAUGUUUGCACGCAGUGGGGGAGUCACCUGUACACUUACUAGUCAGGGCCUCAAACAGGGCCUUUCCAGUUCUAUCUAGAGAUGCAGGAGAUUGAACCUUCCUUUUCAAGUCAGGCCUUGCUCUUUUUCCCAAAGAGAAGGGAUCUGUCCUCCUGCUCCCUACAUGGCCGGGCAUGCCAAACAGAUAAUUUAGCCUAUGCAUUCCCAUAACAGACUCCUUUAUCCAGGAGGAUGGCUAGGGUGAAGCAUCGCUUCUGGGAGCUUGAACACAGACUAGCAGUGCUCUGAUUUCCCGAGAUGGUCCCGAUUACGUCUGGACACAGAAAACACCCGUAACAAAAGCUUGGUAGGAUUUUUUUAGAAAUAUGCUGUUGAUGAAGCGAAGGGAGGCAGAAAAAAACUUUUCCUCCCCAUUUUCUCUCUUGAUACAGAUUGUGGGGCUCACUGAGCACGUGGUGCAUUCUGCUCAAGAGACCACCCUGUGCCUGGAGCAGGGGAACAACUCCCGAACGGUGGCUGCCACAGCCAUGAACACCCAGUCAUCACGCUCUCACGCCAUCUUCACCAUGACCAUUGAACAGAAAAGCAAGAGUGACACGUAAGCAAAGGCGUUCAGACAACCUGUUCUCUUAAAAGCAAGGUCCAUUGAAGGAACACCUUGAGACUGUAGUUAAGGAAGGGUGCCUUGCCUCAAGACGAUGAGGGCAGAAAAAGUGGAAGUUGAUAACAGAUUGAGAGCUCUUGGCGUAUUCGAAAUGGUGCCUAUGUCACGGGAGGAUGGAGCAAACUUGUUUUCUCUUCCUGGGGGAUAAAACCCGAAGCAAUGGCUUCAGGUUACAAGAAAGGAGAUUCAGACUAAACAUCAGGAAGAACUUUCUGACAGUAAGAGCUGUUUGACAGUGGAACAGACUCUUACUAGAGGUGGUGGACUCUCCUUCCUUGGAGAUUUUUAAGCAGAGGUUGCAUGUGUGAGCUAGCUGAGAUUCCUGCAUUGCAAGGGGGUUGGACUAGAUUACUCGUGGGGGUCCCUUCCGACUCUACAGUUUUAUGAUUCUUUGAUUCCCCAACCUAGUGCCUACCACAUGCUUUGUACUGCAGCAGCUGUGCUGGCUGGGGCUGAUGGGAGCUUUAGCCCAAAACAUCUGGAGGGCAGCAGGUUGGGGAAAGCUGGGUUCUUGUUACAGCCUCAGGGUUUUUUGUUCAUUGCUGUGUGAGUGAAAUGCUCCUACUUCUGGCUUAGGAACCCCAGUUUUUGUUCCAAGCUGCACCUCGUAGACCUUGCUGGUUCAGAAAGGCAAAAGAAGACCAAAGCAGAAGGUGAUCGACUUCGGGAAGGUGAGUGGUAAAAAUUUCUGAUGGCAUGGUAAGUUUGUCCCCAUGGUGAAUUGUGAUCUGUUCUGUGUUAGAAAUCCUCGCUUCAAAGGGGAAUACACCUUGUUUUUAGAAAUAGCUGUUCAGGCCUGCCUAAUUUAAGAUCAAUGGUUUAUAUGGCCCUCCUCCUCCUCCUCCUUUUUCUUCUUCUUCUUCACUCUCUAAGCUACCAUCUCAAAGCAAUUUACACAUAAGAUAAUUAAAAACAGAUAAGAACACAAAAACAAUACAUUUAAAGCAAGGUGAAAACCCUAAUUAGUGGUCAGUAAUGGUAAAUACACAUUUAUCCAGCUGGAUAAAUGUGUAUAUGCAUAAAAUAUGCAUAAAGUUUGUCAUCCUCGUCUAUUAAUUGGUUUAGAGUCAGUAUACCCACAUCUAUACAAUUGUCCCAUACAACCAUUUUUCCAUGAUUGUUAGAGUAGGAUUUCCACACAGAGUCAGUUUAACGUGGAAGAAUUGGUCAAAUAAUUUUUUAUUAGCCAUUACAUUCCAUAACUUUCUAACUGACAAGAGUGAGUCAAGAGAAUCCUAGGUUUUAAUAUAUUUUGACCCUAAUGCUGUCCAUUCAGAUAAAGGAGAUACAUAUGUAUAGUCUAGGAUUGCUCAAUUCAGAAAAUUAUCCCUAAUUUUGGGUUUUCAUUGUCUAGUAUUUGACAGUAAAUAAACUUGACAAUAUGGUUCCAGAAGGGUUCCUUUGAACUCUACAAUUCUAAAAGUGUUGAUCUCGGCUCUCCAUCUCUUCCCCCUUUUGCGUGUUUGCAUGUUUAGGGAUCAACAUCAACAAAGGACUCCUCUGCCUGGGGAAUGUCAUCAGUGCUCUUGGAGAGGAAAGCAAGAAGGGCAAUUUUGUCCCUUAUAGGGACUCUAAGUUAACACGCCUUUUGCAAGGUAAGAGUGGGAGCCAAAAAGUCCAUCUUGUGCCUCUGGAAACCUCCUUUCAUCUCCCAAAAGUGGUGGGGUUUUUUUUACCUAAACAGUCGCCCUGUUUUUCUCCCUUCAGAUUCCUUGGGAGGCAAUAGCCACACCUUGAUGGUGGCCUGUGUGAGCCCAGCAGAUUCGAAUCUCGAGGAGACGUUGAAUACCCUUCGAUAUGCUGACAGGGCCAGAAAAAUUAAGAACAAGCCGGUAGUGAAUAUUGACCCUCAGGCAGCAGAGAUCGGCCGGCUAAAGCUGCAGGUGUGUCUGUGGGCUACUAGAUUUGGAGGGGGCGGCAGAGGAGUUGGCUCCAGAGAUGUGGGUGGUGGUGGGGUUGUGAGCCGAAGAUGCAGGCCAGUAUUGAUGCUUACUUGAAAGAGCUGCCACAGAACCACAGGCUGAAUUUUCUGAUGGGUGAGAAACAGUUAAAAGUAGCCAUUUUCUCUCCUUCAGGUUCAACAGCUGCAGGUCUUACUGCUGCAGGCUCACGGAGGGACGCUUCCUGUGUCUAUUGGGUGAGGACUGCUGGCCAACAACACAUGUGACACUCACUCUUCAGUGCUAAAGGCAACCUGUACUUUUUCAUAAACGUUCAUUACUGCAGACCUGACCAACAAAGGCACUGGUGCAGCGAUCUCUGCAAACAUAAUUGGCAAAGCUUUGUCUGGCCUCAAGGCAUGAAUUGAUGAGAUGCACUUGGAAAACCGCUGCCCUGUUUAAGAGAGCAUUGAAAGUUAAUACGUUGCCAAGACUAAACAUCCAAAUGCUGCUUGACUUUGAAUUUUUUGACUGCAGGAUGUGUCACUCCUUCUUAAGCAUACAAAUCAAAUUAACAGAAUUCUGGAUACAAAUCCAGGUCUGGUGCUGCUGCCUUUUCUGUCUUUCUCAAGCUCCUCUUAUUCUUCCUCUUGCUUCAAGCCUGCUUUGCAUCUUGCUUUCUGUCAAAACCCCAUUCCCUAAAAACAUGCCUGAAAACCUGCUCUUCCUGAGCCACUGCAAGCCUUCCCUCUUCUGUGGCUCCUUGUAAGUUGGCCCAUACUUUUUUCUUUUUCUUCUUUGUUUUAUUUGCCUGCACUUAAUGCUGUCCCAUUGGGGUGAUUUGAGUGGUCCAUUUUCCAUGCAAGGCUCCCCCUCUUUCAUAGAAAACACACAGUGCUGUACCCACAGAACUACAUGAAAAGGACUGUCUUAGUUAGCCAACCCAAAUUUGCACUUGUCUAACAUCCUGCCCGUCUGAGCAGGUAGGAUUAGGCAGGGUGUGUGUGUGUUUCAUUCCUCUGAUGUCAUUGUGCCAUUUAGAGGCACCAGAAAUGCUUUAAAGUCCUAGUGCAAAUCUGGGGACAAGAAUCUCAGCUCCCUUCCAGUUUGGGGCUGGGAGCAAGCCUUUUGCUUGUUUUCUAUUAAAAAAUACAUCUAUGCUGCAAUUUCAUUAAAAAAAUUCAAAGCAGCUUACAGCUUAUAUAUGUGUGUGUGCGUGCAAUAAAAGUGACACAAAGAUUUAAAAUUGAACACCACAAACUAACAGUUACAGAAAGUGUUUUUCUUAAUGUUCUGCGUAAGCCUGAAGACAUAGAAAAGUUUUAAGCAAACAGUCAAUAUAGAAAAUGCCUGCAGCUGCGCUGCUUUGAUUUGGAAAUGCAUGGAAAGCAGAGAGAUGAUUAUUUCCAAGUGUGUCUAAAGCCUGGGCAGAGCCCACUCUCUGAAGAUAUUCUGCCAAGUGGCAAGGUGGCAAUUUCUGAACCCCCACGGCAAUCCUGUUUAUGCACUGCCCGGAAGGGGGUUAUUCUGCAGUUUUGAGAAUAAUGGAGGAGAAAACUUCUAGUGUGUUCUUCUGUGACAUGAAAUAAUCUUUAACUCAUAUUUAAUAUACUUUUUCUAGCAGUGUAGCCUUGUCCUUCCUUGGAUUUACUUUUAACUCGCCCUUCCAGGAAUCUGGGCUCUUUUUUUUCUUCUUGAAUGAGAUAAAUCUUCCUUAGUGUGCCGGAUGCAGGCAGAUGACUAGCCAAUAAACCACUUAGAGGCGCUAUUACAACUGAGCGGUAUAUGAAUUUCGUUAAAUAAAUAAAUGCUUCCUGCUUAAACUUCCAGUGGUGAGCCCUCGGAAAACCUGCAAUCUCUGAUGGAGAAAAAUCACUCCCUCGCGGAGGAAAAUGAAAAACUAAGCCGCGGCCUCAGUGAAGCAGCAGGCCAGCUUGCCCAGAUGCUGGAAAGAAUCAUUGUGGUAAGGCCUCAGAUAUUUGGGGGGUGGGGUGGCUGGUGGCGGUGACACCUUUUUGUGGCAUAGGCAUGACUUCCCAUCAGUGAGUUCAGAAAGAGGGCUAUUCUGUUGGCAAAAAUGCAGUCUUGUGACUUCAUUUAAGAGUUUAGGAAUUAUUUUUUAAAUGCAGUGGUGUGAGUGAUUAUUGAAAUUCCUGGCUGGUUUUUAUGUACAGUGGUACCUCGGGUUACAUACGUUUCAGGUUACAGACUCCGCUAACCCAGAAGUAGUACCUUGGGUUAAGAACGUUGCUUCAGGAUGAGAACAGAAAUCGUGCUCUGGCGGCACGGUGGCAGCAGGAGGCCCCAUUAGCUAAAGUGGUGCUUCAGGUUAAGAACAGUUUCAGGUUAAGAACUGACCUCCGGAACGAAUUAAGUACUUAACCCGAAGGACCACUGUACAGGUGACGACCAUUUUGUGUGGGGGUCCCGUUCCUGGCCCCUGUUCUUCCCUCUUCGGGUGCAUUUGCACAUGCCUAAAAUGGUCUCUGCCUGUACUCACUGGAACAUAUUGUAACGUGAGAUCUACUCAGAGUUAGACCCACACUUAUUACUGCUUAAAUCAGUGUGGUGUAGUGGUUGGAUAAGGCUUCCUCAAACUCGGCCCUCCAGAUGUUUUGAGACUACAAUUCCCAUCAUCCCUGAACACUGGUCCUGUUAGCUGGGGAUCAUGGGAGUUGUAGGCCAAAAACACCUGGAGGCCGAGUUUGAGGAAGCCUGGGUUAGAGUGUCAGACUAGGACCUAGGAGACCAAGGUUCAAAUCCUCACUCAGCCAUGAAGUUCAGUGGGUGACCUUGGGGGCCAGCCACUGCCUCUUAGCCAAAUCUACCUCACAGGACUGUUUGGGGGAUUAAAUGAGGGCAGAACCAUGUAUGCCACCUUGAGCUCCUUGGAGAAAAAAAUGGGAUACCAAUGCAACAAACUAAACAAUAAUAGAUUUAGUUGACUGAGCCCAACUCUGAACUGCAACCACCUAGGGGCCAAAUACGCCACCUGGCCACCACCUCCUAAGCCAGCUGUUUUCAACCUGGUGCCCUCCAGAGGUUUCUCGACUCCCAUCUCCCAUCAUGCCCUGCCAGCAUUGCUAGUGGUUGAGGACGAUGGGGUUGUAGUCACAUCCUUUGGUUUAAUUCAAAACUAUCCCAUGACGCACAACCUGCUUCCCACUUUCUGCAGACGGAGCAGCAGAACGAAAAGAUCAGCACAAAGGUGGAAGAGCUCCAGAAACAUGAUGCGUAAGUAGUUGUUCUCUGUGCACGCUCUUAGCUGUUCAAAAUGCAGACCGAUUGCUCAUGGGACUGGCUAUGUCUAAAAUACAGGAAGUGAGACUGGUGGGCUGCUUUGAAAGGGCACUUUUGGGCAUGAGUAUGGGACGUGGGUGGCGCUGUGGGUUAAACCACAGAGCCUAGGACUUGCCGAUCAGAAGGUCAACGGUUCGAAUCCCCGCGACGGGGUGAGCUCCCGUUGCUCAGUCCCUGCUCCUUCCAACAGUUCGAAAGCACAUCAAAGUGCAAGUAGAUAAAUAGGUACCGCUCCAGCGGGAAGGUAAACAGCGUUUUCGUGUGCUGCUCUGGUUUGCCAAAAGCGGCUUAGUCAUGCUGGCCACACGACCCGGAAGCUGUACGCCGGCUCCCACGGCCAACAAAGCAAGAUGAGCGCCGCAACCCCAGAGUCGGUCACGACUGGGCCUAAUGGUCAGGGGUCCCUUUACCUUUACCUUUAUGGGCAGCAAAAGUAAAAACAGGUGUUGUAUUAUGAGGUAGGAGGAAUAAAUAAAUAAUCCACGUGUAGGUCAGUUAGAGCAGGAUGAGUCUAUUCAAUCAAGCAUCUGCAUGGCAUAAAACUAACACCAACUCGUGAGUAAGUUCUUGUGUGACUGGAUUUCAGGCUGAAACUCGACCUGCAGAAGCUGAUGGAGGCUCUGGAGGAUCAAGAACUGAAAGAGCACGUGGAACUAAUUCGCCACCUGCAGCAAGUAAUCGCCCAGUUUCUGGUAAGGAUCCCUUUGGGGACACGAGGACGUUUCAUGGUUGAUGGAACCCGCUGCUUCUGCUGCCUUUCCCAAAUUUGGGGAAUAAGCAAGAAGCAUUCAAGACAUUCUGUGUUGGUGGCUUCCAGAGAAGUUCAAAAGUAGACCAAGCAGCUCCUUUUUGUUUGGGGUGAGAUCUUGCUGGUGUUUGCAGCAUGUAACAUUUCAAACUGCACAGAGCAUUUGGCAGACCAUAGGACUGUCUUGUGGCGCCAGGCAAACCUUGUGUGUUCUCUGCAGAGUGAAACCCCUGCUGGCGUUACGGACAUGGACACAUCUGAUCAAGACUCCAGCGCUGUAAGUAAGAGGCCUCCUGACUUGAUGCGAAUCCUGUGUGUACUUUUCAAUGUAUAGCUAGAGGUUUCUUGGCAACAGGACCCCAGCUACAAUAAGGGACUGAUGGAAGCAACACCUUUAUUUAGAAGAUUAUUUUGUUGCUGUUGUUGUUGUUUGGUCGUUUAGUCGUGUCCGACUCUUCAUGACCACCUGGACCAGAGCACGCCAGGCACUUCUGUCUUCCACUGCCUCCCGCAGUUUGGUCAAACUCAUGCUGGUAGCUUCGAGAACACUGUCAAACCAUAUUGUCCUCUGUUGUCCCCUUCUCCUUGUGCCCUCAAUCUUUCCCAACAUCAGGGUCUUUUCCAGGGAGUCUUGUCUUCUCAUGAGGUGGCCAAAGUCUUGGAGCCUCAGCUUCAGGAUCUGUCCUUCCAGUGAGCACUCAGGGCUGAUUUCCUUCAGAAUGGAGAGGUUUGAUCUUCUUGCAGUCCGUGGGACUCUCAAGAGUCUCCUCCAACACCAUAAUUCAAAAGCAUCAAUUCUUUGGCGAUCAGCCUUCUUUAUGGUCCAGCUCUCACUUCCAUAUAUCACUACUGGGAAAACCAUAGCUUGAACUAUACGGACCUUUGUCGGCAAGGUGAUGUCUCUGCUUUUUAGGAUGCUGUCUAGGUUUGUCAUUGCUUUCCUCCCAAGAAGCAGGUGUCUUUUAAUUUCGUGACUGCUGUCGCCAUUCCUGCUUGGCAGGAGGUUGGACUCGAUGGCCCUUGUGGUCUAUUCCAACUCUAUGAUUCUAUGAUUCUAUGAUCUGCAGUGAUCAUGGAGCCCAAGAAAGUAAAAUCUCUCACUGCCUCCAUUUCUUCCCCUUCUAUUUGCCAGGAGGUGAUGGGACCAGUGGCCAUGAUCUUUGUUUUUUUGAUGUUGAGCUUCAGACCAUAUUUUGCACUCUCCUCUUUCACCCUCAUUAAAAGGUUCUUUAGUUCCUCCUCACUUUCUGUCAUCAAGACUGUGUCAUCUGCAUAUCUGAGGUUGUUGAUAUUUCUUCCGGCAAUCUUAAUUCCGGCUUGGGAUUCAUCCAGCCCAGCCUUUCGCAUGAUGAAUUCUGCAUAUAAGUUAAAUAAGCAGGGAGACAAUAUACAGCCUUGUCGUACUCCUUUCCCAAUUUUGAACCAAUCAGUUAUUCCAUAUUUAGAAGAUUUUAGGGACCACUUAAUCAAAUAGCUCUCUAAUUGGUAUGCACAUAAGAUUGUAGAAAAGCAAAGCACAUAAAACAUUUUUUUUAAAAAUCCAGAUGUUAGUUAAACCUUUGCCUCUCUCCCCCCUAGGUGUCAGAAGGUGACCUGGAUGCUCAAGGGUCCUCUGAUGAGUACGCCACUCGGCACGCUCUCCACCAAGCUCAGAUGUCCAAAGAGUUGCUUGAGCUCAACAAAGCCCUGGCUCUGAAGGAGGCCUUGGCAAGGAAGAUGUCUCAGAACGACAGCCAGCUGGAGCCCAUACAAUGCCAAUACCAGGUAACAGCAGCUGACCAGGAAGGAGUGAGCAUCUAUACACACAGUGGGCUGCUUGACUGGGUGCCUAGCAAGCCACAGGAGGGCAGCCUCUCCUUUUCUUAAGUGGAGAUGUGGCCUGUUGGAAAGAAACAGCUGUAGCUGGAGGGGCUGCUUUUGGUGGGGUGCUGAAAAAAUGUAUGUAUGUGUGUUUAAAUCAAGACCAGCAUCAAGGACCUGGAAAUGGAGGUGGCCAAACUGCAGAAGGAAAAAGAAGACCUGGUCCUUGGCAUUCAUAUGACAAAGAAGGAUGUCAGCCAAGCAAAGUAAGAGGCACCUAAUCGGGAGGUUUGAGAGGGGAAGGUUGUUGACUUCAUGACUACAGGGCUGCGGUGUUCAUUUCAGACUCAGCGAACGGCGCAGGAAGCGGCUUCAGGAGCUGGAAGGGGAAAUGGCAGAUCUGAAGAAGAAGCUGAAGGAGCAGUCGAAGCUCCUGAAGAUGAAAGAAUCCAAUGAGCAGACAGUGUGCAAACUGAACCAGGAGAUCCGGGUAUGUAAUAAUAGUAGUAGUAGUAGUAGUAGUAGUAAUAAAAAUAAAUAAAUAAAUUGUUAUUUAUACCCUGCUCAUCUGGCUGGGUUUCCCCAGCCACACUGGAUGGCUCCCAACAGAAUAUUAUUAAUAAUAAAAAAGUGACAAAACAUCAAACAUUAAAAACUUCCCUGAACAGGGCUGCCUUCAGAUGUCUUCUAAAAGUCAGAGUUGCUAAUUUCCUUGACAUCUGAUGGGAGAGCAUUCCACAGGGUGGGUGCCACUACCGAGAAGGCCCUCUGCCUGGUUCCCUGUAACUUGGCUUCUCGCAGGGAGGGAACUGCCAGAAGGCCCUUGGAGCUGGGCCUCAGUGUCCAGGCAGAACGAUGGGGGUGGAGACGCUCCUUCAGGUCUACUGGGCCUUUGAGGCCAUUUAGGGCUUUAAAGGUCAGCACCAACAUUUUGAAUUGUGCUCGGAAACGUAACACCCAGAGGGUACAAUAAGAAAGAUAAUGGGGUUUGUGGUGUGGAUAGCCGACAAGGUUGGCAUUUUAUUGGUUUAUGUUUGAUGGACACUGUAACUGUAUAACUGGCACUUGAGAUGUGUGUAUUUUUUAUAAUCUUGGGAAAGUAGUUCAUUCUUACCCUGACUGCCAUUAUGUUUCUCAGCUACUGUUUAAAAGCAACAGCAACUUGUUUAAGUUUGAAUGCUUGCUUUUUCAGUCAUGAGAGCUAGAAAAACCAAGAAAUUUUGAAUGGGAUUCUUGGGAAGUUAUCAAGGCUGUGCGAAAGAAACUAAGGAUUUGGAGAAUUUAAACUCCCCAGUCCGUGCCAAAAGCUUUUAUCAGUCGAGCUGAUUUCCUGAAGUCCUCCAAGCUGCAUGCUCCAAAAAAUUUCAAGGUUUCUAAGAAUCUGGGCAUCUCAGCGAUAGGCAAUGCGGUUCCCUCAAGACGUCAAACUUCCCCUAUCAUCCCUGACCUUUGACUGUGCUGAGGCCAAUGGGAGUUGGGAGCCUUGGAUACACCUGCUAGGCAGAUUCUCACCCAAGGCCUUUCCUCCUCCUCCUCCUCCUCCUUUGUUCCCCCUUCAGGCGAUGAAGAGUCAACGUGUUCAGCUGAUACGUCAAAUGAAAGAGGACUCUGAGAAGUUUAAGCAGUGGAGGCAACAGAAAGACAAGGAAGUCAUCCAGCUGAAGGCACGGGUGAGUCGAGCGUCAGCACUGAACUGUACCAGAAAAGCCCUGCAGCCGCUGGGUGUUCUCACCCAGUGGCCAGCCAGAUGUUCCAUGGGGAAGCCCACAUGGAGAAGCUGAAUGCAAUGGUACUCUCCCAGCUUGUGAUUGUAGGCAGACAGCCUCUGACCCUGGAGCUGGAAUCUAACCACCGUUGGACUCAGUCUGACUCGGAUAAAAGACUUGGAUAAAAUAGCCAAAAGCAGCUUCCAAAAUUGAAGGACAGGCAAGCAAGAAAUCCCUUCUGCUCUCAAAGGGAAGGCAAACUGGACUCCAAAAGCCACAGAACAGACAGAACUCUAUUAGCAAAACUUGUGGCUAAAUAAGAAUAAGCAAAGACCUGGUAGGCGCUGGCACCAAGAUACUGUCUCUCUUUGAUCCCUCCAAAUUCUCCUGUCUUCUGAUUCACUCCUUUCUCCCUAAGAUUUAGUUGUUUAAUUGACUUUCAGGAGCAAACUCCUUUAAAAGAGUUGUUUUAUUUUUCGUUAAUUGCUUUGGAGGAAGGACAUAUUCGUGAACCUUAUCUGUACCAGCAGCCUCAUGAAGGUCAGUUGGAGUCACUAACGAGCGGCCUUCAUCCUGCUGCAUGAUCUCAACUUGACUAAAGUCUUGCCAAGCCUUCUGUUUCUCAUGAUUCACCAGGGUCCAGCCAGCCAAACAUUUCUGCCAUUAAAGCAGACCUUUGAUCUUGCCCUAAAUCAUUAGCCAGUUCUCUUGGACAAGUUUGCUACCAUUCCACUCCAGUUUCCAUACAUGCACAUCCACUCCACUCCAUACAUGCAAAUCUCCCCCCCCCCGCCACACACAAAAAAUGACCUAAAUAACUUCCAGUAUUAUCGCUUAAGCUGCUGCUUUCUGUGUUCCUUAUAAUAAGUAAUACCAUUGGCCUAGUUCAGUGUAAUCUAAACUGUUUGGCUGUGGCUCUCUAGUCUUCCUUGAGACACCAGGAAUUUGAAUUGUCCUGGGUUCUGUUUUCCAAGCAUUUCAAAUUACUUGAUGAGGUCUCUAGAAUACAGGUGGGUUUAAUGCCUCUAUAAAAGUGGGUCACAAGACUUGCUAAGUUUGAGUGCAGACCACAAAUCACUGUCCUGCUUGGUUGUUGAAAGGUCAGCCAUUUUGACUCUUUGUCUUUCAGGAUCGCAAGAGGCAGUAUGAACUUGUCAAACUAGAGCAAGACUUCCAAAAGCAAGCCACUGUCCUCCGGCGAAAAGCAGAGGAGGUGAGUGGCCUUGGACAGCAAUAUCUUCCGCCUGGUGAAGCACCACUGUUUUUAAAAUAAUCUACAGAGAUUAGACAGGCUGAGACUUUGAAUGCUUUGGGUAGAGAGACAAGGGACAGGUCCCAAGGUUAGAAUUCCCUGAUUCAGUAAAUCAGAAGUGGGGGAAUAGUGUACAAAGCUCUUCCCUCCCUCUGAUUGUGUAGAGAGUCUGGAAUAUGUGGUGUUAAAUGGAGUAUGCUUGACUUAAUUUUGCCUCUAGGAUUCAUAGUUUAAACCAGGGCUGGAGAACCGGUGGCCUUCCAAACAUGGUCAGCCUCUGACUCCCAACAGCCAGCCUGGCCAACCGUCAGGGGGUAAUGAGAGUUGUAUUCAACAAGAACUGGAGAGCCACAGGUGGUUCUCCUGUCCUGGUUUAAGACACUAACUUUGCUGGAAAGCCUAGCAUAGAUCGGAGGUCAAUGGCAUAGUAACUAGAGGAUAGGUAACAGCUUUCUUGUAAUCUUCAAUGAGUUAACCUCAGUCCUGCAUUGCAGGGGGUUGGACUGGUUGGCCCUUGGGAUCCCUUCCAACUCUACAAUUCUAUGAUUCUAAGUACUUGCUUACACAUUUUUGAUUCUCCGUUUGUCCUCGUCAGCCAUGCUGGCUGAGGCUCUUUAUUUUAAAGCAAAGAGUUCUUAGAAUACCAACUUCAAAGCCUGUGAAAAUCCUCAUUUUUGAGUAGGAGAACAUCAAAUCUCUUCUUGGAGCGCAUUGAUGGUUACAUUUUUAUCCCACCCUUCUGAGGCAGAGGUAGGAAACCUCUGGCUGUGGGUCGCAGGGCCGAUUCCCCCAAACCGCACCCACCUGCCUCACACCUGAAGUCAUAAGUGAUGUCGGGUGAGGCAGACAAAGAAGGAACAAUCGGGAGCUUAAAUUGUGCUCCCAGUUGCUCCUUGGCUAGCUGGGUUUGCUGACAGUGAGCCCUUUUCGAAGACGCUACAGGCAUGGUUUGGAUGCAAGCUGUCCUUACAGAAGUACAUCCUCCCCGCUUUUGCAAUCAGCUUUGGAUCUGCAAAUGGACAAGUUCAAAUGGACUCUCUGUCAGCACUGGUCAACUGAUAAGUGCCUAUAGGGAGCCCCUUUGAAUUUGUUCCAUUCCUGUUGAAAAUGGCCUGUGGGGGGUUGGCCAGCUCUUGAUCUGACCCUUGGGCUAUAGCAGCCCCCUAUAGAGCAACCUCCAGCUCUUCAUCCUCCUAAAAUCCCAGGGGGAGGCUAGCUUUGGAGAGUGGCUGUCCUAAGGUCACCCAGUGAGUUUCAUUGCCAAGCAAGGGAUUUUGAAAGUUUGUGCCUUGGGUCCUGUUUCAACACACCAGCCUCCACCCCUCUCUCACAGGCCGCUGCUGCCAACAAGCGCUUAAAGGAUGCUCUCCAGAAACAGCAAGAGGCUACCAAUAAGCGAAAAGAGAACGUCAACCGCGGGAUUGAGGGAGUUGCUGCUCGGGUGAAGGUAGGGGCCGUAGCUCUCCUUGUUUCUGCUUAGGGCAGAUUCACAGUGGCUCAAAUGGCUUAGUCCAGGGGAGAGGCAAAGUUGGCUUGCAGGCACCAUGGGGUGGGUUCUGGCCACCUUUCCGCCGACCCUCUGUCGUAACCAGCUUCCAUCUUGCGCAGAGCUGGCUCGCGAACGAAGUGGAGGUCCUUGUUAGCAUCGAAGAGGCUCAGCGUCACCUCAACGACCUCCUGGAGGACCGGAAGACCUUGGCGAAGGAGAUUGCCUCGCUUAAAGAGAAGCGAGAUGCUGGGGAGAACCUCCCGUCAAAGUACAAGGUGGGCAGUGAUGCAGGCUGCAGCGGAAAGGGGGAAGGAAGGGACCGUGUGUUCUCUCCACUUUCUCUUUGACGUUGGGGUCUUCUGAUGCAGGAAAUAGGCUUCUGCCUGUAGUGGGCAGGGCCACAGGCAAAAAUGGGUGGAGCAACGAGUGUGAAUUUUGCCUUUGCGGAGUGAAGCUAAUUUCUACUCUUACUUGUGCAGCCCUCUUGAUCCUCCAUCCAGGCAUUUUCAGUGCUCACACAGACAUUUUACCUAGGCAGAACACUCCAGCAGGUGCAAUGGGAGUGGGGGAGAAGGAGACCCCCGAAAGGCUUGGGGCUGCCUUUGGCCCCCAGAUUUUCCACCCCUGCUGUAAAGGGUGCGUUCUCUCAUUCUGCACUGGGGACAGGAGAUCUUCCAGAAGCUGGUUCUGCUUCCCCACCACGGCAGAUCCUCUUCCAGAGGGGAAAAUCAAAGUCUUGCCCUGCUGGAAAUAGCUACUGCUGCUUCUCUUAGAGUUAAACUGCCGCAUCUUCUGAACUGAGUCCCACCCCAUCUCCAUGGGGAGGGAGCUCCUCUCCCUGUGCUCUGCUUAUUUUCUGAUUCCGUUCCCAUCCUCCUUUUCCAGAGGCGCACGUUUUCCCAUAAAGCUGCGGAAAUGGAGCAUUCCAUCGCCAAGCAAGUAGAGAGCCUCGAAACAGAGAUGGAGCUCAGGUAUGGGGUGUUUUCAAGUCUCAGAAGAAGCAAAGCACAACAAAGAGUGUAAGAAAAUCUCCUCCAGCUGGAGGCUAAUCUAGCCUGGUUAGAAAUUUAGAGGCAUACUGCCUCCGGUAUAUAACCUUGAUUGACUAGUACCUAUUGGCUCCAUUGAUUUUCUAACCCCCUUUUAAGGCUGUCUGAGCUCUAGCGUUCAUCAUCUCAUGGUUGCAAAUUCCAUAGUUCUAACUAUGCAUUGCAGGGGGGUGGACUAGAUGACGCUUGGGGUCCCUUCCAACUCUACAGUUCUACGAUUCUUCAAUCUUCUGUUGCUGUGUAACAUUCAUCUUCUUGUUUUGAAAGCAUCUGGGAAAGCUUAUUGUGGCUGUUUCCUGUGGAAAGGGGGUAAGAGGUGGCAGAUUCGGGAGGUGCUGAAGUUUCCCUCUCAGUCCUCCAGUCAUCUAUCUGCCACUCUGCUGCAUCAUCUCUGGACCACAGCAGGUCUCUUAGUAAAUUAAACCCAGCCUGGCAGCCUAAGCAACUGCGUAUUCACCCAGGGCUGCCGCUGAUGCUCUGGUCACAGUUCCUCCUACACAAGCAGGGGCCAAAUUGCCCAAGUUCCCCAAACGAUCUUCUCUUUUGGUAAAUCCGAUGCGAAUUCAUGCGGUGGCUUCUUCUUCCCAAGGAGCGCCCAGAUUGCUGACCUGCAGCAGAAACUGCUGGACGCAGACGCCGGCGACCGCACCAAGCAGCGCUGGGAGAGUAUCACCAACCUUGCAGAAGCCAAGUGUGCCAUCAAAUACCUGAUUGGCGAAGUAAGCUUGAGUGGCAGCCGAGGAGGCGGGCGGGAACGAAGAGGCAGGCGGCUCUGGAAUGGAACCAGGGAUUUGAGCCUCUAGAACAAAUAAGAGGCCUGGGGGGUGGAAGGGGCAGUGACACAGUGGCAGUGACCCCUCGUGGGCUAAAGGGGGCAGCCCUCCUAGCUUCUGUUGCUUGACAGCUCAACCCUUUCUCAAAGAUAGUUCUGUACCUUUCCUGUACUGAAUGAGCACAAUGAUGCCAGUUGGCAAGAUAAUAUUUUUAUUAUUUGUACCCCGCCCACCUGACUGGGUUGCCCUAGCCACUCUGGGCAGCUCCCAACAAUUAUAGAAGCACAAUCAAACAUUAAAAACUUCCAUAUACGGGGCUGCCUUUAAAUGUCUUCAGAUGUAUAGUUAUUUAUCUCCUUGAAAUGUGACGGGAGGGUAUUCCACCGAGAAGUCUCUCUGCAACUUGACUUUUUGCAGUGAGGGAACUGCCGGAAGGCCCUUGGUCCUAGAUGCAAAUUCUUCAGCAUUACACCUUUUAAUAUUGUGUUCUCUCUCUUUCUCCACCUCCUACCCCCCGUGCGUGUAUAUUUCAAAGCUGGUCUCCUCAAAAGUGGAGAAUGGGAAACUGGAGAACCGUUUGCAGCAGACCAAAACCACAUGUGCCGACAUGCAUAAAAUGCUUCUCGAAGAGCGAAAGGUUGUGGCAGAAAUGGAAGCGGAGCACGAGAGUCAGCUGGUCCAGAAGGAGCAGCAGCAUCAAGAAAAGGUAUCACCUGCCACCCCCACCCCCACCCCCCAAAACCACCUAAUUCUGCAGCAGCUACAAAAACUGCGCCCAUCCCAAAAUCCCAUUCUGAGCAGUUGAUCACCCAGUCUAUACCUACUCCAGGUUUUCUAGAGUAGUCCUAACCAGGCUUUGCUGCUGGUACAUUUAACCUGAUUUCCAGGUUAAGGACCCUCUACCCACACCUAUGAAUUUGGCUUAGUCCAACCUCAUGUUAGUGGAGAGGUGGCUGUGAAUGGGAUCCCUGGAAGUGCCCUUAUGGAGAACUGCAGUGCCAGCGGUCAAUAGCAGCAGAGAAAGGGCAAUUCAGUUGCUGCCUUCUCAGUAAAGUUUGCAGGCUUGGGGUGCUCCAAGUUCUUUCAGUGUUUAGAACUCUGUGUUGCUCAGUGGCUAGAAAACGUGGGUGAUCUGGUGGCAAAUGCUGAGAUUGAACGCUGGUCCAUGAACUACCGUCAGACAACCCCAUCCUGCCCGCCUGCCUGCCUUAACUUACAACCAGUCCAGAGGGUGGCCCUGUCUGCCUGCCAGCUUCCUCUUCAUUCUCAGUGUUGCCCCUUGUAGAACUCAGUAUGAAGGUGGAUGGGAAGAGAAUUAGAACUAAUUAGCUUGGCACCACCCACUAGAAUGCCCCCAGAUCCAGGUUUGGGUCAUGUAUUCUUUGAUGAGAGAACCCCCAACAGAGAUUAAAAUCACAAAACAUGCAGCAAAAUAAAGCAUGGAAAUAGAGGAGGUAUGCCCUUGUGGGUUUCUUCUAAAGUUCCCCUCUUCCCCUAGCAUAAAGAAAUACCACACAUUUGUUAAGUUAAAAAUUAGUUUACUUACAAACUCUUCAAAGGUCAGGUUCAUGUGGUUUUCCAUAUAUCAGUCAGAAAACACAGGCGAUAAAACUUGGCUUAGUUACAGUGGUGAAAGUUCCUAGAUUAUUACUAUAGUAACUCAAGAGUGGCUUGUAAGAGCCAUGAGUUCUGAGCUGCAGUAACCAGCUCAGGUGUCAUACAUUGAGCUUCUUUGGUAGACUGGGAGAGAGAACAAAGGCUUAAUUACCUAAUCCCUCCCAAGGUGAGCUAAGCUUAACCCCUUCAUGCGUUAGUUAGACUUAAUCAUGUUGGUUAUAUGAGGCUGGUUAUCCCACACAUUUGUGGUUUAGCCAACUCAAGACUUUGGCUGCCAUAAUGCGAGUUAUACGGAAAGUAUAGCCUCCCUUCAGACUGUGCCGCCUCUGACCCAAGGUCUCUACCCAUCCACAUCUCUCUUCCACCCAUCCCCAGGUACUCUAUCUCCUCAGCCAGAUACAGCACAAAGAAGAAGCAGAGAAGAAGCUGGAGACUUCCAUUUCAGAACGGGAGCAGCAGCAACUCGAGCGCAUCAAGUUCCAGGUAUAAGCUGCUGUGUCUCUUAGGCAUGGUUGCUCCUGCCCCCUCAAAGGCAGCCGUGUUUGCCAUCCAACCAUUCCAGCUGUUCCCUUUGCUGGUGGGAAGGAAUCCCGUAUCCAAGCAACAAGGCUUGUGGUGCUGGCAUUGUGUCACUGAAUGAGGCUGCUUGAUUUUGGCUCAGACCGCUACUCUUGAGGCUCAUCUUGUCGAUCUCUGCUUUAUCAUCCACUGGCUUUGUAACCAAAGUGUCUUCUCUGCUCUCCCUCAUUUUUGAAGGCUAUGCUAAUAAAUACUGUAGUUGUUCUUCCACAUUUUUCUGUUUCUCAAAACACGCAAAGCAAUGCUAGCUCUGGUCAUUUAAAUAAGUUUUGAAGGGGCUGUGUGUGUGACUGGGUGGAUUGUGGUGUUGCUGGGAGGGAGGGAGAAAAUGUGGUGUGGUGUGUGGGGAGUCUCUAAAUCAACCAGCGUAUCCUGUAGGCCAGAAAUUGGAACUUCAAGUGAUGGCACUCAAAGCUCUAUCCUUAAAAUAAUAAUUUUUAAAAAUCAGAGCUGGGGGAAAUAUCGAGCAUUCUUUCAUUCUUAGUAAGGUAAAAGGUAAAGGGACCCCUGACCAUUAGGUCCAGUCGUGACCGACUCUGGGGUUGCGGCGCUCAUCUCGCUUUAUUGGCUGAGGGAGCUUCCGGGUCAUGUGGCCAGCAUGACUAAGCCGCCUCUGGCGAACCAGAGCAGCACACGGAAACACCGUUUACCUUCCUGCCACAGCGGUACCUAUUUAUCUACUUGCACUUUGACGUGCUUUCGAACUGCUAAGUGGGCAGGAGCUGGGACCGAGCAACGGGAGCUCACCCCAUCGCGGGGAUUCAAACUGCUGACCUUCUGAUCGGCAAGUCCUAGGCUCUGUGGUUUAACCCACAGCGCCACCCACGUCCCACCUCAUUCUUAGUAGCCCUCUUCAAAUCUUUAGAAGGCAAGGAUUGCACAAAUCCUAGGUGUUCAAACACCGCAACGCGUGGGUUUCUUUGCAGCUGAAGAUGAGACCAUAAGAGCCUUUUGCCUUCUUUACUGUGGACAGGAAGAAGAGCUGGCCAAGAUGAGGGAGGUUUUUGAAAAGAACCAGGAGCACCAAGAAGAGAUUGAAACUCUCAGACAGGUAGGUCUGGGAGUGACAACAGCGGCUGCUAUUAGAGGAGCUGACUUUGCUCCUGCCACUCAGUGAACCUCACACUCCUCCCUUUCUUCCUAACAGAAACUCAGAGUUUUUCAAGCUGUCAGUGGCCAGAGGAUCUGCAAUGGCCAGCCGGCCCCUGCAGCAGGCACCCCGGAGUCCCCCUUCGAAUACAUUCCACCCAAGGUGUGUGUCCUUCCGGUGGGGUGGAGCGGAGAAUCAAGGCAGGGUGUCUGCGUGCGACAGAGCUUGUUUGUAUGGCUGUUCCAUCCCAUCACCUGAAAGAUAAAGCUGGGUACAGUGGUACCUCGGGUUAAGUACCGUAUUUUUCGCUCUAUAAGACGCACCAGACCACAAGACGCACCUAGUUUUUGGAGGAGGAAAACAAGAAAAAAAAUGUUCUGAAUCUCAGAAGCCAGAACAGCAAGAGGGAUCGCUGCGCAGUGAAACCAGCAAUCCCUCUUGCUGUUCUGGCUUCUGGAAUAGCUGCACAGCCUGCAUUCGCUCCAUAAGACGCACACACAUUUCCCUUUACUUUUUAGGAGGGAAAAAAUGAGUCUUAUAGAGCAAAAAAUACGGCACUUAAUUUGUUCCGGAGGUUCGUAGUUAACCUGAAACUGUUCUUAACCUGAAGCACCACUUUAGCUAAUGGGGCCUCCCGCUGCUACCGCACCGCCGGAGCAGGAUUUCUGUUCUCAUCCAGAAGCAAAGUUCUUAACCUGAAGCACUAUUUCUGGGUUAGCGGAGUCUGUAACCUGAAGCGUAUGUAACCUGAAGCGUAUGUAACCUGAGGUACCUCUGUAUGGAUUAGAAGCACAAGUCAAAAUACAUUACAGCUCUUAGUGGCUGCCUUAAUGUUCAUGGCAGCGUGGUUUAAUGGUUAGGGUGUCAGACCAGGACCUGGGAGACCAGGGUUCAAAUUCCAACUCAGCCGUGAAGCUCACUGGGUGUCCUUGAAUAUCAGUCCCUGGCUCUCAGCCUGAACUACCUCGCAGGGUUGUUGUGGGGAUUAAAUGAGGAGGGGGCAGGACCAUGUACAUCUCCUUGGAGGAAAGAUUGAGAUAGGAAUGCAGCAAAUAAGUAAAAAGGCUCGUCUCUGAUCCCCAAAUAGUGCCCCAAAUUACAUUGCUUGAGAAAAUCGCUAACCUCGACCAGGUGGGCUUUGAGUUCCAACUUCCAUCAGCUGCAGCCAACCUGGCCUGAUCAUUUUUUGUGCGGCUGCCUUUGUUCCAUAACUUGAAUGAAGCAGAAAUGGUGAGCUUGUCUUCUUCUGACUGACCCAGAAACUCCAGUAAGAAGGAUCUCCUUAUGGGGUCUUCGCUGUGAGAUCACAUUCACCCGGUGCUAUACCAGCUGCACUGGCUCCCAGUGGAGUACAGGGUCAGGUUGAAGGUGCUGGCUUUAACCUUCAAAGCCAUAUACGGCCUAGGACCCGCGUACCUAUGGGACUGCCUCUCCUGGUAUGUCCCACAGAGGAACUUACGGUCUUCAAACAAAAACAUCUUGGAGGUCCCGGGCCUGGGAGGGAGGUUAGGCUGGCCUCAGCCAGAGCCAGGGCUUUCUCGGCUGUGGCUCCAAUCUGGUGGAACGCUCUGUCACAAGAGACUAGGGCCCUGCGGGACUUGACAUCUUUCUGCAGGGCCUGCAAGACAGAGCUGUUCCAUCAGGCCUUUGGCCAGGGCACAGCCUGACUCCCUCCUUUGGCAAUCCCCACAGAACUCUAGCCCAAUGGUUGCCAUCAAUUUGAUUUGAAUUAAUUUUAUAAUGAAAUGAUUUUAGAAUGUUGUAUUUUAUUGUUGUUAGCCGCCCUGAGCCCGGCUUCGGCUGGGGAGGGCGGGAUAUAAAUAAAAAUUUAUUAUUAUUAUUAUUAUUAUUAUUCGGUCCCGGUCCCCCCCCUUCAGCCAAAGUCUCGCAGGCGAAUGACCUCCCUGCCUCCAGCCGACAUGGACGAGGAAGACUCAUCUUCUGACUCGGAUGAGGCCAAAGAAAUGGAAGAUGCAGAGUGGGUGCCGUACAAGCUUUCCAGAGGAGCCAGGCAGAGCGUUCUGGGGGUAGGAUCAUCGAGCAGGACGGCUGACGUUUAGGAAGCUGCCUCCUGAAAUCUGGCCAGGAGGAGCAAUGCAAGAAUUGGCUCUGGUAGACCAGCCCCAAGUGCACAUCAGGUUCAGCUGUCUUGCUUCCAACACUGCCCUGUGGGGACACAAAGGCAUCAUCCCUCUUCUGAUACCCAUCCCAGUAAUGAAAAUACUCAGAGAUAUACUGUCACUGAGCAUGGAGGCUCCAUUCAUCCAGCUUAAUGACUAACCGAUGAUAGAUUUCCUUGUCCUCCACAAAUUUGUCUAAUCGUCUUAUUUAUUAAUUAAAGCCACCUCAGUGAUCAUUGCUAGGUUCUACAUUGAUAUCCAUCAAUGUAGAACCUAGCAAUGUGCGCAUUGAAAACUGUUCAGCCAAAUGUGUCUAAAUAUCUUAAGAAGUUUCUGGUGCAAAUCCUCCACCUUUUGUGGAACAGUUGAUGGCUUUAAAUUGAAAAAUUAAAAUUCUGUGACAGCUGAGCUGAGUGUGCCUUGGGUGGCCUUGCGGUCUUGGGGCAAAGGAGUGUCAAGAUGCUCCACCAAACCUUUUCAGGACCUGUGGAUGCGUUUGCAAACUGGAGAGGCUGUUGUCCCGUCCCCCCGUCCCCCCCCCCCAAAAAACCCCCCCGCACACAUACCCUAAGCUCACACUGUGACCUAGCCUAUUGAUUGCAACAGAUGCAAUCAAUUUCAAGCUUAAUUUCAGUGGCAGUUGGAGAUCCUGGGGGAAAGCCUCUAUGGGCAUAUAUGUGCCCCCGGGCACCACCUUGGCAACCUGCAUCAUGCAUGCUGGCUCUGACAGCUAGGAAGAACCUAUGUGGGUCAAACAUGCCCCAUUCUUAUUUCAGAGCCCCAAACCUGAAAGGAGUUGAGUCCCAGAAACAGAUACAGCAGCAGAGGCCUUGCAGGGCCACCUUGGCAAUGGCGGCACAUGCCACUUGUGGGCUGUUCCACCUGUGUUUUCUGCUCUCUCACUGAGCUCUCCCUUUGCAGUGCACCUGCCGAGGCCGCUGUGGAAACAAGAAGUGCGGCUGCCGUAAGCAAAAGAUGGCCUGCUCCGAGGACUGUCGCUGCGAGUACGGGAGGUGUCGGAACCGCGAGCACUAUGAUUUGGUGAGCAACCCAUGGCAAAAGCUCCUUUUCUCUUUGAGGGAGCAGGACAGCCCUGGAAUUGCCUGCUCCACCUCCCAGCAGGCAGGGCGUGUUAAAGUUGAGGGCAGAUCAGGCGCAGCUCUUGUCCUGGCUUCCCAGCUUGCUGCACCAGGCUGGGAAGUGAGAUGAGAAAGCCGGUGGGAAUUGAUCGGGCUGGAACUCCAGGCUGCAGGACCAAAGGGAAAUCUUCUGCCUCUUGGCAGGAAGGAGUUGUUCAAAUCUGAGCUGGUGGCUCUUUUUGCAUGGGGCUCAAAGAGUUUUAUAUGCCUUUUUUCAAGAUGCCACACAUAAAUAGCCCAGAAGGUAACCUCUAAGAGGUGUGUUAUCCUGCAACUGGGGAGGAGUCUCCCCCCACCUUUGCAGUGGACGAGGGGAUUCAUGGGUGGCAAAUUCCCCUCCACUCCCUGCAGAAAAUGAACAUAUUUUGGUAAGCCCAAUCAAUGCUUAUGGGUCAGACCUUUAUAAGCCUGCCUCCUGAGAGGGAGUUAACCCCUUCAUGCAUGCUCUGCUGCCUGCUAAGCAUAAGGACACUUUGCACUGAGGCCAGCUUUCCAUUCUCCCAUCCUGUAAUUCAUAAGUGGGGAAACAGGUUGUUAGACUCCAACUCACACCAGCUCUUGCAACAUGGCCAAUAGUCAGGGAUGAUGGGAGUUGUAGUCCAGCAACAUCUGGAGGUGCGGGGGUUCCCUCCCCGCUCCUCCUGUUUAGGCUGCAAUUGCCCUGGUAGAGAGACAGCUUAAUAAUAAUAACAAAAAACUAAAAAUACACUAAAAUGUCACACAUUAAAAACUUCCCUGAACAGGGCUGCCUUCAGAUGUCUUCUGAAUGUCAGGUAGUUGUUUAUCUCUUUGACAUCUGAUGGGAGGGCAUUCCACAGGGCGGGUGCCACUACUGAGAAGCCCUCUGCCUGGUUCUGUGUAGCUUUGCUUCUCGCAAUGAGGGAACCACCAGAAGGCCCUCAGCCUGGACCUCAGCGUCCGGGCAGAACGAUGGGGGUGGAGAUGCUCCUUCAGGUCUACUGGUGGGGUUUUUUUUGUCUGAUUCUAUUUUAAGAUUUAAUCCCAUUCAAAAACUGACAUGCUUAAUCCCUGACUCCCGUCCCCUCAAUGCUAAGACCAGCUCAGGGAGUUUGUGUGAUGGUUAGCAAGGCACCGAUGGAAGGGUGUUUUGGCACUGCUUGGGGUAGCCCCUGAGCAUGUUGAACUCUUCCCUCCGUGGGGAUCGGGUCCCUGUAGCUUUAUGGGUUGGAGCAGAUGCCAAGCGUUGGACUGUAUCAAGUGCAGCCCAGGCUAGCGUGUGUCCUGCCUUUUCCCCCCUUAGGAAGGGGUGCUUGCUGAUGAGCAAGCGGGAGAUUCAAAGGACAGCUUCGACCCAGAAGAUCCUACUCUGGCAACCGGAGGAGACACCUUCUUUGAGCCGCCAGCUGUUGCACCUACCAGAAAGGUAUGAGAAUUGCAGAGAUGCAGGUGGCCUUGAACAUGGCUCUGGUUUCGCUUUGGGGCUGGGAAAGGGCACUUGUGGGGUGGUUGCAGAGCUGAGAGUUCCCCAUAGUCUGGCACACUUGAAGGGGUAACGAAAUGACUGCAUAGCGACAUCCAUUUACCCCGUGGUCACUGACUGGCCAUGGUGUGUGUGUGUGUCUGUAAAAGCACUUGGUAAGCCUAGUCCAACUGGUUAUGUCUUUUUAAAACAGAUUAUACUUUAAAUCAUAUUAACGGGGAGAAGAGGGGCUAGCCCAACUUCUGUUGUCCGUCCUUGGUCACCUCCGGGUUAGAUGACCGUGUUGCAUGUGGGGCUGCCUACGAAGGCUAUUUGGAAACUGCAGCUGGUGAAGAAUUCAGCAGCCAGAUUGCUGACCAGGGCAAGGCAGUCCAAGCAGAGAACACCAAUCUUGGCACGACUGUUCUGGCUGCUGACUACUUUCCAGGCUCAAUUCAAAGAGCUGGUUUUGAUCUGUAAAGCCUUAUGAGUCAGGAUCCCAACACUUCAGGGACUGCCUCUCCCCAUAUGAAGCAAUCUGGACCCUACUUUAGUCAUCUGAGGUCCUUAUCCACCUCUCCUCCAGUGGAAUGCUCUCCCCGGCUACCUUUAGGUGCCUGGCAAAAAUAUUUCUGUUCCCCCAGGCUUUCAGCCCUUAAUUUAGAGGGUACUUAGAUAUGUUUGUGGCCUCUUUCUCUGCUUGUCUUUUUAGUGGAAUGGGUUGCAUUUGUCUGCCAUUUUCUUUGUAUUAUAUUUUAUUAUGGAUGGGCAUUUUAGGUUCUUGUUAUAUUUUUGUACUUGGUUUUUAACGUGUGUGUGUGUGUGUGUGUGUGUGUGGUUUGUGUGGUAAAUGGUUUUGAGCUACUCCCAUGAAAAACGUAUAGUAUUGAAAUUGGGUUCAUCAAUGCCUGGGCAAAAGGUCUCUUUUCCUCAUCUGUUGGCUUAGCAACCAGUUAUGUGCCCACCCUGGUAAGCUGCCACUCAGUAAACACUUGUCUGCAUUUGCCCAGUGCCUGAAAAUAACAUGAGAAUAAAAUGCCCCCCUCAUCUGUACUUCCCUGUUCAUGCCACAAACAGCUUAUCCGAUGUAGCCUUCGCUGCUGAACUCCUUAAUCUUGCCUGUUGUGUUGGCACCGGGUGUUUCUUUGCAGCCUUGAAUUCUUGAAGGGCAGGAGUGUUUCCCUUUUUGAUGUGGGCAACCAUCCUGAGGCAGGCACAAUUUAAUUUUCUUUUCCAGGAAGCUGCCCUUCCUGAUGUCCCUUUCAUCCGUGCACAUAAUUCCGUCUGCUUCAUUGAACCCAAACAUGCCUGUUUGGAAAUCCCCCCCCCCCCCCUUGUGAAAUGAAAUUGCAGCUCAGGCUGUAACUGCAGUCUCCUUUCUCUCUCUCCCUGCUCCCAGGUCCUGGAGGAGAAAAAUGAGAUUCUGCCUGCCACUUCCUUAUUUGCACCGGGAGACGAUUCCAGCAAGAUCUCACCGCCAGCAGCCAUGAAGAAGGGGAGGAAGAGGCUUCACAGCACCAGAGGCAACUACUUCUUGGGCUGCACACCAAUUAAGGAAGAUGGUUGAGGGCCGGAGCAGGCUUGGAAAGGAAAGCUUGGGCCUGCAGGCAACGGAUAUUUUUAUAGUGUAUAGUGUUGUUUUUAGAGCUUAUACGUUUUUUGAAUAAAGGAAAUUCAAGUAUAU